AUGUCGGCACUCACCGCCGCCUCCUCGUCGUACUACGCCUCUAGCGUGUCUAGUGACAGCCAAAACCAAAACCAGAGCGGGGGUAUCCCUGGCACACCCGUGAGCGGACGCUCACGUCGCUCAGGCGGAUGGGACCGGCAAACGCUUUCCCCGGCAGCGGCUGCAAGAGCCGGAGUUGAUGAUCCUACGAUUGAAGACCAUGCCGUUGAUCAGCCAAGCAGUCUUCGGCCCAAGGAGGAUCUAGAUGACUCUUCUGAUUCUUCAGAUGAAUACAUGACGAGUUAUCGGCCUUUGGAACGUUCCACUCGGGUCAGUGGGUCACGCUCCAAACGUUUCUUUCAAUCUUUCGUCAAGAAGUUCAACAAAUCCUCUGUUCGUCCGUCUCCCGGUUCUGACAAGCCAUUGGCAUCCGAGAAUUAA